AUGGCUUUUGUGGUAGCUCCUAAGAUAGACACCAAUAAUACAAGUAACGCCACUGCAACUUCAGGUUUAGGGAUUUUCAGUACAGAAAAUAAUAACAAAACUGAAAACCAUAUCCUGGCUGUAGAGAUUGACACUAGUCAAAGCCCUGAAGCACUUGACAAAAACGAUAACCAUGUGGGGAUUGAUAUCAACAGUAAAAUCUCGGUCGAUUCUGCCGAUGCUAGUUACUUUAAUGGUAAAGAGAAGAAGAACAUAACCCUGCUGCUUGCUAGUGGAAAAAAUAUCAUCAUCUGGAUAGAUUAUAAUGGCACAGAGCAACUACUAGAUGUAACGUUAGCUCCAGUACCAACUCCAAAGCCAGGUUCACCUCUCCUCUCAAGCUCCAUCAAACCGAGUGUGCCUCUCUUAUCAAGAUCCAUCAAUCUUUCAGAAAUUUUCAACGAGACGAUGUACGUAGGUUUCUCUGGGUCCACAGGCUCAACCAGAAGUAACCAAUAUAUCCUUGGGUGGAGUUUCAAGAAAGGUGGAAAAGCAGAUAGCCUUGACUUGUCACAGAUUUCGGAUCCCCCUAAAUCAAAGUCGGGGUCUAAAGUUACUAUAAUUCUAGUCAUUACAAUAGGAAUAGUUUGUUUUCUAGUAAUACUGGGAGCAAUGGCGUAUCUUUACAAGAAAAAGAAGUAUGCAGAGGUUCUUGAACAAUGGGAAAAGGAAUAUAGUCCCCAGAGGUACUCCUUUAAGAACCUCUACAAAGCAACCAAAGGUUUCAGGGAGAAUCAGCUACUUGGAGCAGGAGGUUUUGGAAAAGUUUAUAAAGGAAUACUUCCCUCUGGUACAGAAAUCGCAGUCAAGAGAGUCUACCAUGACGCAGAACAAGGAAUGAAACAGUACGUCGCGGAGAUCGCUAGUAUGGGACGGCUAAGGCACAAGAACUUGGUUCAGCUCCUUGGUUACUGCAGGAGGAAAGGCGAGUUGCUUUUGGUCUACGAGUACAUGGCUAAUGGAAGCCUCGAUGACUACUUGUUCAACAAAAACAAUCAGAAAGACCUCACCUGGUCUCAAAGAUUGAAUGUAAUCAAGGGAGUUGCAUCAGCUCUUCUGUAUCUCCACGAAGAAUGGGAACAAGUUGUGCUACACAGAGAUAUCAAAGCUAGUAACAUCCUUUUAGAUGCCGGCCUAAAUGGAAGGUUAGGUGAUUUUGGGCUUGCAAGGUUCCAUGAUCGUGGAGAGAAUCUAGAAGCCACGCGUGUGGUAGGAACCAUUGGCUACAUGGCACCAGAGCUUACUGCAAUGGGAGUGACCACUACUUGGACCGAUGUCUAUGCUUUUGGAGCUUUCAUUCUAGAAGUGGUCUGUGGGAGGAGGCCAGUAGACCCUGAGAGACCACUUGAGCAGAUGAUUUUACUCAAGUGGGUUACCACUUGUGGAAGCAGAGGUACUUUAAUAGAUACUGUUGACAGUAAACUAGAAGGAUACUUUAAAGCUGAUGAGGCCAAGCUGAUUUUGACUCUAGGCAUGCUCUGUUCACAGAGUAACCCUGAAAACAGACCAAGCAUGAGACAUAUAGUACAGUACCUGGAAGGGAAUGUCCCCGUUCCAAGCAUAUCAUUUGAUACAGCUGGAUUUGGUAUGCCUAAUAUAAGCAACGAAAAGGUAACACAAAUGACAGCAACCUCCUCAUCAGCUAAUUUCUCGUUUGAAGAUGUUACAAUUCUAUAUGGCGGUCGUUGA